AUGAAAAGCCCUCACGUUAUGCUUAUACCAUAUCCGGCACAGGGCCACGUGAUUCCCCUUAUGGAACUUGCAGUCCGUUUAGUAAACUAUGGCUGCCAGAUUACAUUCGUCAACACUGAGUUCAUUCAUGAACGAGUUAUCAAAGCAUUACCGGAGACAGACAAUAUACAAGAAAUCAUACAAAUGGUUUCAAUCCCAGAUGGAUUAGAAUCAUCUGACGACAGAAGUGAUAUAGGAAAACAGACAGAAUCUAUUUUUGCUGUCAUGCCGGGUGAGCUGAUGGCACUUAUUGAACAAAUUAAUGGUUCAGAAAGUGAUAAAAUCACCUGUUUAAUUGCUGAUGCCACCAUGGGAUGGGCUCUGGAAGUUGCAGAGAAAAUGAGUAUCAAGAACGUGGCUUUCUGGCCGGCAGCAGCCACUCAAUUUGCGCAGCUGUUUAAAAUUCCAAAUCUUAUUGAUAAUGGAAUCAUAGACAGUGAUGGAAUACCAAUGCAAAACCAGAUAAUUCAGUUCUCACCAGCGAUGCCCACCAUAAAAACUAUGGAAUUAAGUUGGAACUGCUUUAACGAUGAACUGACAGCGAAAAUCAUCUUCAAACUUAUGGUACAAAUUUUAAAGCCAGUGAAAUCAGCAGAUAGGAUAAUUUGCAACUCAUCCAACUGGUUGGAAUCUGGGACAUUUGCCUCAUUUCCAGACUUUAUACCUAUAGGUCCUCUUCUGGCAAGUUAUCGGCAUGGAGAAUCAGCAGGAAACUUCUGGAAAGAAGACUCAGGUUCUCUGGCAUGGCUUGAUCAACAACCACCUAAUUCUGUCAUUUAUGUUGCAUUUGGGAGUUUCACAAUAUUUGAUCAGAAUCAAUUCGAGGAACUGGCUAUUGGCCUUGAACUCACCAACAGGCCAUUCUUGUGGGUUGUGCGGGAAAACAUAAUUGAAGACAUCAACAAUGCAUAUCCCAUGGGUUUCAACGAAAGAGUGCAUCGUCGAGGGCGGAUGGUGAGUUGGGCACCACAGCAAAAAGUACUGUCUCAUCCUUCUGUUGCCUGUUUCAUUAGCCAUUGUGGUUGGAAUUCUACAAUUGAAGGCAUAAGCAAUGGAAUCCCUUUCUUGUGCUGGCCCUAUUUCGCAGAUCAGCUUUUUAAUCGGAGCUAUAUUUGUGAUUAUUUGAAGAUAGGUCUGGGAUUCAACAAAGAUGAUAGUGGAAUCAUCAGGCGCGAAGAAAUUAAGAACAAAUUGGAACAACUUUUGAGCGAUGGAAGAUUUAAAGAAAGGGUUUUGGAUCUUCAAACAAAGAUUAAAAAUAGUGUUAGAGAAGGAGGGAGCUCAUACGAGAAUUUCAUUGAUUUUGUAGCAUGGAUUAAGGAUUAAAAAUAUUCGUUCUUUCUGCCUAGAAGAAUAUUGUCACUUGACUGCAUAUGUUUGGCAGCAAGAAUAUUGGUUUACAGCUUUUUAUCUCCUUUAUGACUGUAUUGCCAUUGUUGUGCAUCACAUUAGAAAUGGAACAG